GUUUCACACACUUGACUUUUGACAUAAAAGUUGACGAAAAUACACCAUAAUCACUUACAUAUAGCUUCCGCUUGUCUGUUUUACACGUCUGCAGUGGUUUUAAGGAACGAAUUGUAUCAGUUUUUAAAGUCUGUCGUCUGUCUGCUAACAUUUUAGCAGAAAGCGAAUUUCAGCGUGACUUCAGUGUUUAUGAAACCUCAGAGAUGUCGAAGAGAAAGAGCAGUAAUUCAGGGCAGACGCCUGAUAAGAGAAGCCGGUUGUCUCAACCCGAGGCCUCUGAAGAGGAUGAAACGGGCUACUUCAGUUCAGGAGAGGGCUUGAGCACAUCACAGAGUGUCACAGGUGAAGUGGGCAUCAUAGAGAGUAUCUCUCUAAAGAACUUCAUGUGUCACUCGAUGCUUGGUCCUUUUGCAUUUGGUCCAAACGUCAACUUUGUCGUAGGAAACAAUGGAAGUGGAAAAAGUGCCGUGCUGACAGCUCUGAUUGUAGCCCUGGGCGGUAAAGCUCUCACCACUAACAGAGGCUCCUCACUCAAAGGAUUUGUGAAGGAAGGAGAGAGUUCUGCAGAUGUGUCCAUCACUCUGAGGAACAGGGGUCGUGAUGCGUAUAAGCCAGACGUGUUUGGCCAGUCCAUCACUGUAGAUCUUCGUAUCUCCAGCGAGGGAAUACGGACAUAUAAACUAAGAAGCAAAACAGGUCACUUGGUGUCAUCAAAAAAGGAGGAACUGAUCUCCAUUUUGGAUCACUUUAACAUCCAGGUGGACAAUCCGGUCUCUAUCCUAACUCAGGAAAUGAGUAAACACUUCCUCCACUCCAAAGGAGAGGGUGACAAAUAUAAAUUUUUCAUGAAGGCUACUCAGCUUGAUCAGAUGAAAGAAGAUUACAGCUACAUCAUGAAGACCAAGACCAUGACCCAGAAUACCGUGGAGAAGCACAGGGAGACGCUACAAGAGCUAAAGAGAAAAUACCAUGAGAAAGAAGAGCGUUAUAAAAGUCUGGCUUCACUUGAUGAAAUGCAGAAGAAGUUGGAUGAGCUGAAGAAUCAGAUGGCCUGGGCUCUGGUGGCGGAGGUGGAGCAGGAGGUGAAGCCAAUGAGAGAACGAAUCACAGCUGAAGAGAAGUCAACUGUCAAAUAUGACCAGAAGGUGGAAGAGUGGGAGGGAAAAAUUCAGGAGGCCAACAGGAUAUUGGGACAGUUGCAGGAUCAGCUGGAGGGUGUGACGCAGCGGAUGCAGCAGCUGCAGCCACAGUGUGCUGAACUGAAGAGCCGAGCACAGGCACGCAACCGAGAUCUCAAAGCCGCUGAGGCUGGUCUUCAUCGUAAAAAGACUAACUUGAGAGACCUUGAAAAGGAUAAAGAUCAGCUUAACAAGCGGAUCCGAGAACUCAAACACAGCAUAAGUCAGACGAACUCAGCUGACACUCAUGCUCGUGUGGAGAAGAUGAAUCACAUUCAGGCUGAGCUUGAACAACUACAUUUCCAGGACUCCACUCUGACUCAGCAGAUCGAUCAGUUUAAACAGGCCUGUGCUGCAGCUAAAGACAGACUGGGCAAAAUGAGCCGUGAAAAGCAGGACCUGCUGCGUGCGCUGGAAUCUAAACGACGUGACCUGGCUGCAAUGGAAAGCAGUCGAGAUAACAGACUUUGUCGCUUUGGUGAGCAUAUGCCAGCACUGCUACGGGCUAUUGAUGAGGCUGACCAGCGGGGUCUGUUCAGAAAGAAACCUGUUGGACCGCUCGGAUUCUGUAUUCGACUGCGGGAUCCAGAGCUGGGUCUUGCAGUGGAGUGUUGUCUAAAGGCUCUGAUGUUAGCUUUCUGUUGUGAUAACCACGCUGACGAGAGAGAGUUACAGAGAAUCAUGAGUCGCCACUUCCAGCAGGGCAGACGACCUCAGAUCAUCGUCAGCAAAUUUACCAACACGGUCUAUGACGUCAGGGGCAGGGCUGUCGAUCAUGAUGAUUAUCCAACUGUGCUCAAGGCCCUUGAGAUUGAGAAUCCAGUUGUGGCCAACUGCUUGAUUGACAUGAGGGGAAUUGAAACCAUUCUGCUCAUCAAGAACGCUAAAGAUGCGAGAAGGGUCAUGCAGAGUGAAGCCCGACCACGCAACUGCCGGGAGGCCUUCACGCGUGAGGGUGACCAGGUCUACUAUAACCGUUACUACUCCUCCGAACAGAACAGAGCACUCUACCUCAGCGGAGAUGUCGAAGAGGAAAUCAGACAUUUGCAAUCUGCUUUACAUGCUCAGAGAACACAUUUGGAUCGCUUUCAGCAGGACAUGCAGCAGGUCACUGAGGACGAGAAGCAGAACCAAAUUCUUCUUCGCAGAGCCUAUGAAGACAGCAAGAAAGCCCAGGAAUGCUGUCGGAAGCUUCAAGCAGAGCUGACAGAAUUGCAAAAUGUUGAGGAGCCUCAGUCAGAAGACUUGAAACCUUUGGAAGAGGAACUGGAGGAGCUCAGCAGCCGAAUAAGUGUUUGUCGAGAGGAAUUUGAAGCUGCACGGAAUCAGAUGCUGACACACAAGAGGGAAUAUGAGGAGGCUGAGCAGCUCUCCCGGCAGCAGAGGGAAGCUUUCAACAGCAUUGCAGAGGAAGCUGAGCCCAUUAAGGAGCAAUUGAGCAACAGUGAUGAGGAGCUGGCGAGGAGUAAACAUCAUAAAAAACACUAUGAAGAGAAGCGGCAGGCCCAUGUGGACAUGAUUGAGACACUGAAGAAGAACUUGAAUGAGAAGGACCAGCUGUUACAGGCUUCCAUAGCGAAAGCCGCAGAAAUUUGCCCCGAGCGGUUAGAUGUGAGGAGAACCGCUAAGAGCUUGGACAGUGAGAUCAGCCGCCUUAGACAUAAGCUUAACACCCAGCAGGACCAACAGGGACAAAGGGACACUAUUGUCAGGCAGUUUCACGAGGCGAAGGAAAACUUCAACAACAUAGCCCGACAGGUCAAGGGUCUGGAGGCAUUCAUCCGCCAGUUAUCUGAGAUCAUGAACACCAGACACUACGUCUACUCUGAACUGAGAAUGUAUCUUUCUGUACGCUGUAAGUGCUACUUUGACUCCAUGCUGUCUCAGAGAGGAUACAUAGGGAAGAUGACCUUUGACCAUAAGAAUGAGACUCUCUCCAUAUCGGUUCAGCCAGGAGAGGGUGGUAAGGCCUCUCUGAGUGACAUGCGUUCACUGUCUGGAGGAGAGCGUUCAUUUUCUACCGUGUGCUUCGUUUUGUCACUGUGGGCCAUAGCCGAAGCUCCAUUCCGUGCCCUAGAUGAAUUCGACGUUUAUAUGGAUAUGGUCAACCGGAGGAUCUCUAUGGACAUGAUGCUAAAGAUCGCUGCCAGUCAGCGCUACAGACAGUUUAUUUUCCUCACACCACAGAGCAUGAGUUCUCUUCCAGACAAUCGCCUGAUCCGCAUCCUCCGUCUGAGUGACCCUGACCGCAGCCAGUCUGCUAUACCUUUUGGUCAGAGGAACCCAGAAUAAUGCUACUAUCCUUUGAAUGUCAUCUUGUGUGUAUUAGGCAAAUUAGUCAAAAUACUUACAGCUUACAGCUGCACUUUACAGUUCUAUGCACACAAGUUUACAGGCUUUUUUUCUAAUAUCAUUUAAAUGUACAUUUAGAAAUAAUUUUAUUUAAAACCAAAAUUUGCAGGUUCUAUUUGGUACCGCACUUUAAAUGUUUCUAAAAUAAUACUUUUUAGUUUUUAUAAAAAUGUUUGUUAUUGCAAUUUUAUUUGCAUUUAUACCUGUUGAAUGUAAAGACCAGUUAUAGCGUGUUGCUGUUAUUUGUUUUUAUUUCAUUUUCAGUCUUCCAAUGCUUUAUCUUUAUCACUGAACUAAUUAAGAAAUUAAAAUGUUUCUGGUAUAACAAGAAA